GCAUUGAAAAUCAAAAAAAAAAAAAUAAUUUAGAUUCAUCUCCUUGCAUUACCGCAGUCAUUAUUUAUUAUGUACUAGGUGACUUAUUAUCCACCAAUUAAAAAAUAUAAGGUUACCCAAUUGCAUUUUGAGUUUUUUUUUUCAUUUAUUUGUACUAUUAAAAAAUUUUUAAUGGCUGUCUAAAAAUUUACAUCAUAAAAUCAUCAGAUAAUUCAGAUAUAUAAUAAACGUAUCAUAUUAAGUCCCGAUUUGUUUUUUUCUUUUUAUUAUUAUUUCGUGAAUAUAUAAUUCAAUAUUUGCAUGCAUAAAAAAAUAAAAUAACAUCUAUGAGCACUCCAAAGUCACCAUCUUUUCCUUCAACAGCUUCUACCAAGAAUACAAAUGCAGAAUCUACCUCUACAACUAAUGAGCCGGUCGCUAAUUCUGCAAAUACUAACUCAAAUAAUAAAAAUGUUGCUUCUGAAGCAAGUCGAAAGGAUCUUAUCCAUUAUGUCAAUAUAAUCAAUUUAUUUUUAAAUUCCUCAGUUCACACUGACGGAGACACAAGAUUGCAACUUGCCAUUCAACACCUUUAUGAAGGCCUCGAAUUUUACCCCGAUGCAUACGAGUUAAAGUUCCUAGCCCACAAAAUAUCAAUCAAAGAAGGUGACAUGUCUCAAGCCAUCGAAUCUUUUGAUGAAUUACGAAGACUUUUCCCUGAUCAUGAAUCGUUGAAAGAAUACCUAGUUCAAAUAACUCAUUCCGUACGAUACCAAUCUAUGGAUGAUAAGUUUAUGUUCUUUCUUAAACUUCCGGCGCGAACUCAGAAAGAUAUAUUGAGACAUAGUGCAGAAUACCACGAAAUGGAUGGUGAAUAUUUAGACGCGUGUAGGAUAUAUGUUUUACUUCUAAAAGCAUAUCCGGAAACUGUUGCUUUUUACGGGUCACAUGCUGCUCAACUCGCGGUUAAAUGCGAAAACGAGAAUCAGCCAUUACCUGUUUCCAAUUCAUACCGAAAGAUAUUAGUGGAAGAUAUUUUACCCGAGAUUCUUCACCAAAAAAUUGUGGUAUAUGAUAACAGCCUCCCGCCAGAAAUUCCAGUUUAUCAACCAAAAAUCUCCAAUACUAUAUCUUCAACGUCACAACCGAAUUCUUCUCAAUCCUGUUUACACGUUACUUAUAGCCAACUGAAAUCAUGGCUUGAAAGAGCACAAGGUUUUUAUAUUGCUAACAAGGAUUGGAGAAAAUUGUUCGAAGUUUCAUUAGGAGUAAUGAAUAGUUGUGGGUACUUGAGAUUUGAAAGUUCUCCAAGGAUAACGAUGGUAGAUCUUUUUUGCGAUCCUCAUGAAUUACCGUCAAAAUUGUUUUCCCUCUUGAAUCAGAAACAAAUAUCUCUGGUUAAUCAGCCAUUCAUGAUGCAUGAUUCAGCGCCACACUCUUUUGCUGUGUCUAUGGGAAUUGCAUGUUUUGUAUUAUGUUGUCAUGAAUUUUAUGAAUAUGUAGCUGGACUAAAAAGUAAACGAACGUGUUUAAUACCCGUUCUUCCUAUUGGACAAUUUACUUCUCCCAUGACAAGUCAAUCAACAUCUAGUUCUUAUGAUGAUCAAUGUGAAACGAGAGUUAACAAAAAGAGGCGGUUAAGCCUUAGCUUCCUGUUGUCAAAAGAAUCUAGCGAAAGUAGUGCACUUGACGAUUCUAUAAAUGAUGAAAAAAAUAAUCAAUCCGAAAAAUACAGAGGAAAUAGUGUUAUGAAUGUUAAAAGCUUGUUGAUUGACGACCCAGAAUUGUCAUUGCAACAAAGACAAAAUUCAAUUACAAUAGAGAGUUCUAGCCAGGAAUUAAAUACAGAACAAAUUAAUUUAUGGAAGGAAUCGUAUAAUUCUUCGGAGACGUUAAUUCAUGUUGCCAUGUCACAUAUAGAACGUGCCUUAACUUGCUGGCAGCUCUUAGAAGCAAUGGUUCUACGUGGAGGGAGCGAUUCUAAAAUAUUAGAUCAAGAAUUGGAAAAUCAUAUUAAAUCAUGGGAUCUUCCAUUAGACGUUUCAAAUGCGAUUAUGUUAACACGCGGAGAUCUUGCUCUCUUUUGUGGAUCCUGGAAUACAGCGUAUUAUUUUAGUCAAAAUUUAUGCACUCGAAUUGAAGGUGCUUGGGAUGCUCAUCGCAAAAAAUUAUCAAAAAAAGAACAAUCUCCUCCGUUAUCAUCUCCAACUUAUUUGCAAGAAAAGCAACAAACGAUACAAGAAGAAUCCUCGGAUUUGUCCAAAAUAAAUGUUAAAACACAAACUCCAUUAUUACUUACGUUUCGAGUUAUUUAUUCCAUUUCUAUGAUUUAUCUUUUAAUUGGUUGGUGGAAAGAAGCACGAAAAGAACUUUUAAUGAUAUUGGCAACUAUACCUUUUACGCCAGUUACACAAGAGCAUUUUAAGAAAGACGAUUGGUGUACGAACAAAACGAUUGAAGGCAUUAGCUAUGAUGAAGGAUAUAAACGAAAACAUUUUAAGUUAAUGGAGGUUACGCAAGAAGAUCUUGUGGUAAGAACAAUAAAAGAAUUAAUGGCAUGUUAUGAGAAAGAACUCAGUUCCUUUUCACGGAAACAACCAGAAAUAGAUAAUACACUAGGGCAUAUAAUAGUAUUGACACAAUAUGGUUGGCCUUAUUGGCGUGAUCGAAUAUUUCGGCCGGUAAUACUCCCAAAAAUUAAAGAACAUGGAGGCCUUAGUUACCCUGACAUGUUACGAUUUGUAUACAAUAUCGAAAUCCUUCGUGAAUUUCGCGAAUUAUAUCGAAAAUUUCCGGAUCUAAAUUUUUCUCUGUUACGGCAAAAUUCAACUUCCAGUGACCAAUUAACAAAUUCCAAUACAACAAAAGCGUCAAUGCAGGCUUUGGAGGAUAAAAUUAAUCACCCUUCUUCACGAAGCAACAAUGAAAAAUUAGUGGAAUUUUGUAAAGAAAGGUUAAUUCACUUACGAAAUAAAAAUGUUAAAGCAAAAGAAUAAUCCGAAGGACUAUAAUUCUAUGCAAGGUGAUACGAAAUUACGAAUGUCGGAUCGGAUGUCCGCCCAGCACGUGACGUGAAGUUGAUUAUUUCGGACUUGAUACCGGUUUCCUUUUCCUUACUUAAUUAUAUUUUUUAAUUAAAUAUUUGGUAUACCAUAUAUAGUCAAAAUUAAUAUAACUUAGCAAAACUUAACAUUAUUUAUUUUUUGUAUAAAUAUCAACAAAAUCUU